AUGACAGAAAGACUACAAGUCCAGGAAGACGCCUGGAAGAAUCCUGUAAUAGUAGAAGCGACAGACUUGAACCGCCCAAAGUCCCCAGUGCCUGGAGUCACAAGUGAACCAUUCGCCCCGCAGACGUCGGAGCGUAUGGAUUCUGCUGGCGAAGUAGAAUCUCCCACACCUGCUAACCGAUCCACCGAUUUUCGAAGGGCCACGGCGACAAUUAAUCCUCUCCCGGAACCGCCCAACUUCUUGGCACCUUGUACUGGCUUGGAUGCAUCCUUGGACGCGAACUUACUCACUGAAAGUGGCAACGAAACGUCCAACAUUUUACCGGAAGAAUACGUACCACAUGCACUCACAUUCGCGAUGGAGCACCGCAUCUUUCUAAAGGCUGCCCUUGAUUUGGUGGCUGAACGCGAUCGACGCGCUCCGGAAGUAGGCAUGAAUGAUCCGUUCGUGCUCAAAUUGGGCCCGCUCAAAAAGGCUUCACAUCUAAUGAAUGGGGUAUGGAAAGUAAAAUACGUGGAAAUUCGACGUGGAAUGUUCAGCUAUUAUGAAAAUGCCUCGUCUAAGGACACAACUGGAAUGGGAGAUUUGCUACGGAAAAACAUUCCUUUGGAAGUCAGCCUUUGCUGCUGUAGAGCAGUCAAGUUGCAUCAGAAGGCCUUGAACUUGACACCGAAUGGAGCUAUUUUCGAAAUGACCUUUAGUGGUACGAGGCGCUUGUGGAUGGCUAACUCACGAGCAGAGCGACAAGCUUGGAUGCAAACCAUCAACGCUGCCAUGGUGGGCGGCUCACUGACCCGGAGUGACUCAGUCACCAACCACAGCGGUGCUCUACGCGGUGUCAGUCCCCGAUCCCCCUUCAAGAAUGAUCUGCGACUGUACUUGAGAAUGCAGCAUCUGCUGCGGACUGCAAAAUCGCAGUCGGAGUAUACACCCCACUUGCAGGAAUUAAGCGCGCAUCCUCUCACAGUUCCGGUCCGAUGGAUUGCUAAACAACAACAGGCAGCUUUGCGAAACGCGACUGGAGAAGAAGUUGCAUUUAGAGAAGAAGCGGUGAAUCUGUCUGUGGAACAAUUAUGGAGAGAUUUACAACGCGACUCGGUAUUGAUCAAUGGGGAGCUUUUCAUGGGUGCAAGCGGACACGGUCCUGAGAAAAUGAUGGGUGCUCUGACGCGAGAGCUGCUCACUGUUUCUGACGAGGGUCGCGGCGAAUUAAACGAAUCACAAGCGGUGGCGUAUGCUCGUGAUAUUCUCCUUUCAGGAAACCGUACGCGCAGUGGAGGCGAUUCGUACUUUUGCGCAAACAGUUUGUGUAGAAAUUGCGAGUUAGCUGUGGUUGUUCCGAGUGCCGCUAUUGCGGAGCCUGUGUCAAUUACAGUAUCUCGCGACGGAACCGAUGUCCCAGAGAGCCGCAUAUACAGCAGUGUACACGACAAGAGUGGAUGGAUCAAAACUCGGAGCAAGAUGCAACGCACUUGGCGAAAGCUUUUCUUUGUCUUGUCGGAGGGAACACUUAGCUAUUACGAACGCGCGCACCCGCAACCCCAUCGUCUUCGCGGCCAAUUGGUCUUGACGGAUGGGUGCAUAUCGAUUUCACGAAAGCAAACGAAACAGGACGACAAGCCUACAAAUCAGUUUGUCAUGUCUGUCACUUCAAAAGAAGGCUCAGUUCGCAUUUUGCUGUUCGAAUCUGAAGAUCGAUUGCUUGACUGGACGUAUUCCUUAGAGUUCACUGCUAAGGCGCGAGCUUCGGAAGAGAUAGGAAAGAAAGGACGUCGUCGGUCUAGUCACGAUAUAGCCGAUGGCAAGGCCGAUAGCAUUGAAACUGCUAAAUCGGCUACAAAAGGCCACUUCGAUGCCUUAGGCAUCGAUGCAUCUUUUGUGAUAGACCGCCUAGCGUUGCAUGAGAAAAAGAUGGCUUACACAACACUGAUUUCCAUUCAAGCCUCUACGGAGUACAAAAUUUGCACCAUAGAUCCACAAGGCGAUGAUCAACUGGAUGUAUGGGCGACACUUUAUACGCAGUUUCUGCAGAACUUUAGAGUUGCUGGCGGACCAAACAGCAGAAUCAUGCGGGGUGAAGAAGUCGUUCGCAUUUCGAUCGCUGCAGGGAUUGACACGUCGCACGAAGUGCAGGAAGUACCAUCCGGCAACCCAGUGUUGAUUACGACUGCAAACACGCCCUCGUCUCCGCGACGUUCGCGGAAAGGGCGUACAUACUUUCGAAGUUUUGCUAGCAACGGCGAUGAAACCGAGGAGGUACCAAAGGACUCGUAG